AUUGCUAAUGAUGAUGGUGGUGCAUGUUAUAUGCCCAAGUGGCAGACUUGGGCAUAUAGCAUCUUGAAUGCACAUCUUGAAUUUAUUAGCCUUUGUGUUAACAACAACUUAGUAUUUGAUGGAUGUGAUGCAAAAUUCUGGGCAGGUGCGUUUUCAGGAAUGCAUAAACAGAAAAGCUAGCAUGACCAUUGCCAAACCUUUGAAAGUCCCUGCCUCUGCACAGACCACGUGUACCUUACUUGGUUUGGUGCAGAAAUUCAGUACCGUGUAGCCUGUACGAGAGCAAAAACCACCCCCCAAAAAAACAUGUGAAGUAUAGGGGAAAAAAAAGGGAACUUUUCCAAAAAAUUGGGUAUCCAGAUCUCAUAAGGUGGCGUCAUGAAACAUUUUGCUCCUUUUAUGAUUGACAGUGACCUAUCAGGUUUGCACAUUUCCACUUACUGUUUCUUGACAUUAAUCUAGUCAUUAUGUGGGGUCCUCGGGGGAUACGUGGUAAUUUGGAUACGUGACUCUGUUAAUUUCUAUGAUCUUAAUUAAUUUCUGUGAUGUUAUAGUUGGUAACAAUAUGUACUCUAAUUAGUUACCUAAACAUUGAAUACAUGGGCUACUAGAUUAUAUGCAUGUUCUGUACGGUUGUUCAAUUUGCAGUUCUUUUUUCCUGUUCGCGAGGUGGUUUGGCUCACAGCAAGUCCCCUCAGGGUAAUCUGGUUCACGUUGACAAUUGUUGGAUUGGUUGGGGGGGUGGAAAUAGGAAAAUAGAUAGGGAGCGGAACCAGCUUCUGGAGUACAGUUUGUUUCACUGCUGAUUCAGGCCCAUGGUUCUGGCCGCUUUGUGGUAAAUUAAAGGGAGAAUGUCCGUCUACAACUCUCUGUACUUAAUGGGAGACCCCAACUACAGCUGUGCUGCAUUUAAUUGGAAAUGCUUCUAUCCACUUUGAAAAAUGUGUCAGUUACUACCAGGAUGUGUUUAUAUCCUCCCUUGGCGGGUGGCUAAGGGCCUACAUAAUCUAUCCUGCCAGGCAGGAUUCACUUGUGCACCUCCUAAACAAUUGCAACAAUAAUAAAGAAAUAAAGAGAAAUGUAAAGAAAUAUCUCGGCUCCUAUCAAUCUCACUCGGCCAUUGAAUGGUUUUCUCUGCUUUUUCCGGAGAAAAAACGACUAGAGACCUGUUUUUUGCAUCUUUUUGAUGAUGUCAGACAGGGUCCGACAUUGGACCGGAAUGGGGAAAUUGCAAUGUCGGACCAGGUCCGACAUAGGACCGCAAAGGGUUAAGCAUCAGCAACCUUUGUUUCAUUUUUAAUCUUAUCAUGUUUUUUCAAUUUAUUUAUAAUCCCUGGGUUUGUCCCAAAAUAAUAGUCCUGUUCUUUGUACACCCACACGAAACACAAAACACAUACACAAGUCCGUUAGUGAGUGAAUUAGUGCUCGUUGUGCAAUAGAGUUCUCCGUGAUACAAGUGCAGUGAUGUUGUCUGGUUUGGUGCUGGCCUUUGGUGACAGCUCCGGAUCUUGUUAGCCAUCUAAUAACAAUAAACAAACAGUUUUUAGACACGACAGUACAAACAAACAAAACACUCACGUUUUCACCAGUCUCCUUUUAGGUUUGUUCUAAUCAUUUACAAAGGAACAGAUCACAUCACUAUGUCCCCUUUUUAUACCGUCACACAUGACCCCUUGGUCAACGAGCACAUCCGCUCCUCCAGUCUGCGGAUGCUACGCCAUUUCCAGUCUGGGUCAUUGGUUUCGUGUACCGUAGCUCUGCCCCCUUUCUAGAUGUCGAACUUCCGCCUAACCCUGGGAAUGAACUGUUGUGCCAUGUAGUCCAGGGUACUCUGUUCCAUGUAGUCCAGUGUACUCAGGUCGGGAGGGAGAUCUAACACCAAGAAUCAUUCGAUCUCUGUCACAUACUCUCAACACUGACACAUCUUUGUCCUGCCCUUAAACAUGUCCAACUCAAUCAGCACAAAAAUGGAUUCCAUAGACACUUACCACUUUCCCUAUUUUACAUUCUUUGUAAUUCUCUUAUCAACAUACUCUUGACAAUCAAAUAUCUCAGCCUUAACAAAUCUUGUCCUUCCUUAUUACAGGACAGUACCUGGUAUUAUUGAAGCGUACUGGUACACUUCAAUAACAAAUUAAAGUGUUCCUUAAAUUUUAACAGAAUUACAUUACGUUUAUGUAUAAUUAUACUCAUAGAUUUACAUAGUGUAAUGUGCACUGAAGGAAAUCCAUAUUCUAUGAAGAAGGAGAUAAGAUUAUAGCGAAAACAUAGUGGCAGUCAAAAAUGCCAAUUGAGUGUCAGCAUUUAAUGCUGCUUUUUUAUUCUCUAUAAGAUAUUUAGUUGUUUAAGCUUGCGCGCACUCUGUUGACAAAGUUAACUUUAUCAGCAUUUUGUGACUUGUCUACAAGCCCAACAGUGUGUUAGCUACCUUCCCUUUUUUCACUGUUUGUGUGCUGGGAUUGUUCACAAAUUAAAUUUGAUACCCACAAGAACAUCUUCUUUGGGUCCAUGUUUGAUUCUGUCUGCCUUUAAAUCUGAAUCCUCAGACAACUCCGUUAUGGGCUCCUGUUUUUUCAAUUACAGUCGCCACUGCUCGGAACAGGUGCAUUUGUGUUAACGUGACUCACUCACAGUAAGCAAUGGAUGGUAUAAACUCCCACACAAUAACCUGACAUUCAAAAUGUCCCCCAGUCACCAGUACAGUAAACAAAACUAACACGCAUUGUGACAGUCAGGCGGUUCCUACAGAACAGUAUCCUAAUCCCAGACACUGGAAAAUAGCCACACCAGCCCCAUGCACACAUACAGAGAAACAAACAAAACAAAAUAGAUAUAUCCCAGCUUAUCAAAAGCUGGUUGUGAGCAGAACCCCACAUGAUAACUCACUUUGUUAAUAGUUAGUUACUUCAAAUAAUAUAAAAAACGAUAUAAUUCUUAAAAUCACCAAACGCAAACAACUAGCUCCACAGAGUUCCUAACUAAACAAAACAAAAUAUCAAGUUGCAGCAUCGACCAGAUGAAACAAAACAAUUAACAGCGUCACUUGUUUGCGUUAAAGUGGUUGUCUUGUUUGCGUUAAAGUGCUGCUCCUCUUUCUUUUUAUUUGUUCAGACCCAGGGGCUCGUUUCAUGAAAGCGAUCUGCGAGGAAUCGCUCUCGCAGUGAGGUCGCAAGAGAAAUUUGGUUUUCACAAAGGCGUCGCAGAUCUUUCAGGGCCUGCGGUCUCGCAGGUUUUCUACUGAAUGGUAGGGAGAUUAGAAGGGAGGGGGUGUUUAGGGAUCAAUCAAACCCCUUUGAUCUAUACGCCGAUGCCGAAUUGAUAGGGAAGUAUAGGCUGCUUAGAUUGGAAAUUACAAAUCUAUCCGAUUUGCUGGAACAAAAUUUAAGGCACGAAACCAGACGAAGUAUGUCACUUUCUACGUCACUGCAAGUGCUAACUACAUUACGGUUUUAUGCCAGUGGCAGUUUUCAGGAGAUGUAAAGCUACCGUAUCAAGGUGCAUAACUAAAGUUUCUAGUGUGACCAUGUGACAAUACAUUAAAUUCCCUACAGCAGACGAAAGGAGGUGAUUAAUGACUUUUAUGAUUUAUGUGGCUUGCCGAAAGUACUGGGGGCAGUUGAUGGCAGCCAAAAACCUAUCCAGUCGCCUGCCGAAGAUGAACACUUUUAUGUCUGAUGGAAAGGAUUUCAUUCAUUAAACAUUCAAGUAAUCUCAGAUGCCAAGAUGAAUGUGUUGGAUGCUGUUAUUUGGUACCUUGGCAGCACACAAGACAGCUUCAUCUGGGCGAACGCCAGCAUAGCUGAAAGAUUUGCCAGUGGUGAAGUAAGUGGUGGAUGACUCUUGGGAGACAGCAGGUAAUCUGGUUUUAUUUUAUUUCACCCACUAACCAUGAUUUUACUUGGUUAUCUUGCUACAGUAAAACGUAGGUUUUUGUGCCUGUUUUUUUCUUUAUUGAAAUUAUCAAUUUUAACCAUGUAGACCUAAGUAAACAAAUAACAAAUACACUAUUUACUAACAUAAAAAAGACAAAGUCGUGUGUUAUAUAAAUAAAAUUGUGUUCACUAACAUAAUGAAAGCUUUUUUUUUUUAAUUAAAAAUCCACUAUAAACUCGUUUAAUAUUUUAAAUCUAUUGAAAAAGCUGUAUUUCCUUUAUUUAAAAAUUGGGACAUUUUGCAUAAUAUUGCUGUUCUGAAAAUUAAAUCACAAGCGUAUAUUUUCACAUGAUUUGGUUUUGUUUUUAGGUAUCCCCUGCAACCAUGGCUAUUGACCCUGGUGUUACGCCCUUCAAGCAGAGCCGAGGAAUGCUACAAUGUUAAAAAGGAUGCAUCAUCGAAAGAGCAUGUGGCCUUUUAAAAAUGAGAUUCUGCUGCCUUCAAGUCUGGCGGGUGUCUAGUUUAUAGACCUGAUAGGGCAGUCAGAAUAAUAGUUCAUAAUUGAAGAUAUGAAACAGCAACAAACCAACAAACACAGUCAUUUACAUAGGGAAGAUCAGCACAUCACGCUAGAGGAAUUGUGGAAAUGCUGGAAAUCUUCACAAGUACACAACUGGACAUUGGAAGAAACAGUGCAGUGGGUGGUUGAGUUUGUUGAACUGCCUCAGUACGAGACCAAUUUUAGGGAUUACAAAGUCAACGGUAACACCCUGCCACGGAUUGCUGCUAAUGAACCUGCAUUUAUGACGUCCCAGUUGAAAAUCUUGGAUCAGCGCCACAAGCAGAAACUAAAUCUCAAGGCCCUAGAUGCUGUGUUAUUUGGCCCCCCUCUUCGUCAUUCCCACAACUGGCUGAAGGAUUUUGUCCUGAUGAUUUCUAUUAUUAUUGGUGUUGGAGGCUGCUGGUUUGCUUAUGUUCAAAAUAAAUCCUCUAAGGAACACAUUUCAAAAAUGAUGAAAGAUUUAGAAAGCCUCCAAAGCGCAGAGCAGAGCCUUCAAGAGCUACAGCAACGACUUGAAAAAGCCCAGGAGGAAAAUCGAACAGUUGCUGUGGAGAAGCAAAAUCUAGAGCAAAAGAUGAAAGACGAGAUUAGCGAUGCCAAGAGGGAAGCGCAUCGGCUGCGGGCACUGAGGGAGGGGGCAGAGAGUGAGCUGAGCCGGCUCAAGUAUGCAGAAGAGGAGCUGGUUCAGGUCCGUAUGGCACUAUUGAAGGCAGAGAAAGAGUUUGAAAUGCAUGGGGAUUGGUCAGUGGCUGAGGCUUUGCAGAAGUGGCUCCAGCUGACACAUGAGGUGGAGGUGCAGUACUAUAAUAUCAAGAAACAGAAUGCUGAACUGCAGUUAUCCAUCGCCAAGGAAGAGGCAGAGAAGAUAAAAAAGAAGAGGAGUUCUGUCUUUGGGACACUACAUGUAGCCCAUAGCUCCUCUCUGGAUGAGGUUGACCACAAAAUUCUUGAAGCAAAAAAAGCGCUGUCUGAGGUAACAGCUUGCUUGCGUGAGCGUCUACAUCGCUGGCAGCAGAUUGAGAAGCUCUGUGGCUUUCCGAUAGUUCACAACUCAGGGUUACCCACCUUGACAGCCACGCUCUACUCAGAACACAGCUGGGUAGUCAUGCCAAGAGUCUCCGUCCCACCAUACCCUAUUGCUGGUGGAGUCGAUGACUUAGACGAAGAUACUCCUCCAAUCAUUCCACAGUUUCCCACUCCACUAAUGAAGGUGGGCUCAUUAAGAAGCAGUAGCCAGUGCCGCUCAUGGCGCAGCAUAAAGAGUUCACUUGCACAGGCCCAGCCUGUCAUGCUCUCCUCAGAUCCUGAUCUUCUGUCAAUGGCCAGCUGUCCUCCAGCUUACUGCACAGAGGAGGAAGAGGAUGCUAUCAACUUUAAUGCAGAGAGAAAAUGGGACAUGCAGGAUACAUGGUCAGAUAGUGAUUCUUUGAACUCUUCUUUAGGAAGAAAACAGUUUCCAAGCACAAUUCAGGAAGUUCCUUCUCGAAAAACCUCCAGGGAUGAGCUGUUUGAUCAAGAACUGAGUUUUACAGAUUCACCAACAUCCUUUGAUCAGUCCAAAGGUUCCCCUGACUCUGUGGGUGUCAUUGAAUCCAAAAGCAUGGUCUACAGCCCUGCCAGCAAGAUGGUCUACAAUGGCAUCUUGGAGAAGUCUUACAGUUUGGGCCAGCUGCCCAGUGGGCUGCCUGUCUCAGAAACCUGCUACCCUUCUCUCACUUCACUGAACAUUGAGGGCAGAGUAGCAAAGGAACAGAAGAUAAAUAGUUUGAAACAAGACUCCUGUGAUGAUGUUGACAAGAUUAAGAAGUCAUCCAAGUUAAAAAGCUUCUUUAAAAAGAAAAAGUAAGAAAGCUAGCUUCAGGAGGACUGGCAUCAAAGCCAAAAUCUGUGACUUAGACAUGGAAUGUAGCUCUAUUUUGAUGCCCCAAAUUGGAAGUCAUUUUGGAAUGCCUCUUUAUUCACUCAUAGCUUCAUAGUUAACUGACUUCAAAGGUCAAAGGGCAUGCCAGCCAUCCCCUAGACAUCGAUGAAGAGUGUGGACUGUUUACUGUAACUUUUGCAUAUUUAUUGUUUUUUGGGGGGGGUUUUGUUAGAAAAAGCACCACUUAAGCUUUAACAGAGUUCCUGUUUACUGAAGCCUUGAGUUGUCUUUGCACAGAGCUAAGAGGUUUAUGGAACCAGACUAACUUACCUGCAGCUUGUUGCACUACCACUUUCCAUACGUGGAAGGUACCUAUUAAGAUCAUUAAGAUUUCUACAAAUACAGAGGAAAAUAUGUUUUUACAGAGUUCUAUUUGAGGUUUUUCAACAGACAUAGGGUUUCUAUUGGUUGGGUUUCAGUAAGAGACUAUGGUUUUCCUUGAAAUAAAAAUAAACCCGAUCCCUUUCAUGUGCUUCAGAAAAAAAAAAAAUAGCCCUGCAGUAAAGAACUUUGUUCACAGAACUUGGCUCUCACUGUGAUUUAUUGCAAUCUAAAGCUGAAAAAAGCUUCAAUUUCCCUGUUUUACUUGUACAGGUGGUUGUGAUAGAGUCUGGCCUGGCAGACGAUUUUUUUUUAACUCAUCAUUGACUUGCUUACAAAAAGGAAACUAGUUUACAAAGUUUAAGGGUUUUACAAUAUUUGGUGUGUGAAUCUUUGUACUGUAGAAUAAAUUAAUAAAAUUGAGGCAAAUAAACCGUGGUGUUUAUUUUCCAUUUCACUGAAUAUAUUUUGUACCUUUUAAAAAAAGCAAAAAAUACUAAUUUCCCCUUUAGAAAAAAAAAGUAAUUUGUAAGACUGUUGUUAUUUCUGGGGAAGGGUGUGGUAGAGUCGUUUUAGAUGAACACACACCCUUUUCUAUGAGAGGCUGUAUUUUUAAGUUGUGUACCCAAAAUGAUGGGUUAAGGUAUGGUUAGCCCUUACAUUUUAUUGUUUUUUUUUUGUCUCGGCGUAGAACAAAUAUAAAGGGAGUGCCAUAGAGUCAGACUGUAACACUUAUAGCCUAUUUAAUCAACAAAUUGAAUGUCGUAUGAAUAUUGAAUUAGAUGCUAUAGUACUGUGUAUAAACUUGCUGUAAGUUUAAAACUCCAAACCAAAAAAAAAAACAUUGUGAAUCAGGCCCAUUUAUGGAAAAAAAAACAACCAUAAAUUGUGAAUCAGGCCCAUAAUAGGCACACAGUUAAGGUUACGAUUUUGUUGUUUAAUCUUUGUUAAUUUUCUUGUUUAGAAUUGUAUGUCCAAGUUAUUUCCUAAUUUAUAUAAUGUGCAGUGCAUUUAUAUAUUUUGCACAACAGAGUUGUUGAUAUUAAAUCCCCUUAUAUAAAUUAGUUGUUUUCAAAUAAAAAUAAAUAAAAUUCC